AUGUCUCUUCUUGCACUUAUCUUUGUCUUCCUCUUUGGCCACUCUUUGGCAACCUCAAAUGAUGCCCAUCAGAACUUCAUCCAAUGCCUACUCAGUUCAAAUGAACUUACUACUCCCAUCGCCGGAGCAAUCUACUCUCCGGCCAACUCCUCCUUUCCGACUGUCUUGCAAGCAUACAUUCGUAACCUCCGGUUCAACGAAUCCACCACCCCGAAACCGGAGCUAAUCGUAACUGCAUUAGACCUUUCUCACGUUCGGGCCUCCAUCAAAUGCGCUAAAAAGCACAAGUUAUUGAUGAAAACUAGAAGUGGUGGCCAUGACUACGAAGGUCUAUCGUAUGUUGCUGAUGACCCUUUCUUUAUCCUGGACUUGUUCAACUUCCAGUCGAUCAACGUCUCCAUUGAAGAAGAGACUGCAUGGGUUCAAGUAGGUGCCACCCUCGGAGAACUUUACUACAGGAUCGCCGAGAAAAGCAACACUCAUGGCUUCCCUGCCGGAGUUUGCCCUACGGUUGGUGUUGGUGGCCAUUUCAGCGGUGGAGGAUACGGUAACAUGAUGAGAAAGUACGGUCUUUCUGUUGAUAAUAUCAUCGAUGCUCAACUCAUUGACGUCAAUGGAAAACUUCUGGAUCGAAAAUCAAUGGGUGAAGAUCUAUUUUGGGCCAUCACCGGUGGCGGAGGAGUGAGUUUCGGAGUCGUUAUAUCAUACAAAGUAAAAAUAGUCCGAGUUCCGGCAACCGUAACUGUAUUUGAAGUGACGAGAACAUCGGAACAAAAUGUCACCGACGUCGCCCACCGGUGGCUACAAGUCGCCGACAAAUUAGACAACAAUCUCUUCAUCCGAAUGAUCUUCAACGUGGUCAACGACACAAAUGGUGUGAAAACAAUACGUGCACGAUUUCCCAGCUUGUUCCUUGGCAACUCCACAACCCUAAUAAGUCUCAUGGACCAAAGCUUCCCAGAGUUAGGGUUACAGAUUUCAGACUGUACACAAAUGAACUGGACCCAAUCAGUUCUUUGGUACUACAGCUUCCCCCCUGGUUCACCAGACGAAACUCUACUCAGCCGAAUCCCACGAUCUCUCACACACCUGAAAAGAAAGUCCGAUUACGUAAAACGACCAAUUUCGAAACAAGGAUUAAGGCUCAUCUUCAAGAAGAUGAUAGAGUUAGAACGUCCAGGGUUAACUUUCAAUCCUUAUGGUGGACGAAUGAGUGAGAUUUCCGAGUUCGCUAAACCCUUCCCGCAUCGAGCUGGGAACAUUGCAAAGAUUCAAUACGCAUUGGAUUGGAGCGAAGAUGGGGUGGAUGCAGCAAACCGGUACAUAAACCUGACUAGGGUUUUGCAUGAAUUCAUGACUCCAUUUGUGUCAAAGUCUCCGAGAGAAGCUUUCUUGAAUUACAGGGAUUUGGACAUCGGUGUUACUGACAAUGGUAAGAACAGGUUUCUAGAAGGAACUGUUUAUGGGGUUAAGUACUUCAAAGAGACCAAUUUCAGGAGGCUGGUGAAGGUGAAGACGAUGGUGGAUCCUGAUAACUUCUUCAGAAAUGAGCAAAGUAUACCAACUUUGCCAUCUUGGAGGAAGUAAAUUAAAUUAAAUUGAUCGAGUCACCUUUUGACUCAUUGGCUUGUAUAAUUUACUUGGAUAAUUCAGUUUGUAAAGCUUCGUAAUAAUUAUUUGAAAUAUAAGAAUAAGACUUCUUUUAUGAA